CUUGGGCUUUGACAGAACAGAAGCAGAUGGAGGAUGCACGAUGGAUGCAGUCGUGUGUAGCUGAAUCAUACAGAAACUUACUUUUUGUUCCAAAAAGUUUUUUAACAAAUUUUUGAAGCGUACAUGUCUGUUCAAAUUGGUUCAAACAACCUUUCUGCAAAUGUCUCACGAUUAAUGCAAAAGUUAUUUCGAGGCUUUCUCAUAGUACGCUCUAAAUGGAUAAAUGUACUUUAUAAAAAGAGUGUUGUAUAUUUAACAAGUCAUAGUUUAUACAUGUUGAAAGUGAAUUAAUCAAGUUUCAUUGAACCUGGCACAAAUUGUACUAGAAAUGUCUAGAUUGAUCAGCACUUAAACAUCCAGCUGCAUUUUGAUAUAAGAAAUGACGACGCUCAUUGACAACUACGAGCAACAAUAUGCAAUUUUGACAGCUGACAUUACUGCCAAAAUUGGUAGAAUAGCAGUUUUAAACAUCAAUGAGAAAAGGCCGUUUAUACAAGAUGUUGAUCGGGAACUCGAAGAAGCUCAAGAACUGCUCGAGCAAAUGGAAUUGGAAGUGCGAGGUGUCUCAGGCUCAGCAAGAGAUCGUCUCCGUGUCAGAGUCGAGAGUCACAGAGCAGAACUUAAAAGAUUAACUCAAGAAUUUGAUUUAUCAAAGAAUCCCAAAAUUGAUGUCAUUGAUUUGGGUAUUGAAGAGUCCUGGGACAAUGGCAUCACCGAAGAGCAAAGAAAAAGAUUGCUUGAUGCUUCCGAGAGAAUAGAUCGAACUGGAAGAACCUUACAAAAUGGGUAUCGAAUGGUCCUCGAAACUGAGGAAAUUGGUACUCAAGUUUUGAAAGAUCUUCACGACCAAAGAGAAACAAUUCAGAGAAGCAGAGGAAGGUUACGAGACACAGAUGCAGAACUUGGACGAGGAUCCCGUCUAUUAUCUGGAAUGAUCUUCAGGGCUUUUCAACAGAGGCUAAUCUUGGCUACAGUCACUCUUGUAUUGAUAUUUGUAGGCUGUUUUGUUAUUUAUUACAGCUUUAAGAGCUAAAUAAUGUGCCUCGACUGAGUCUAAGGGAAAAAUCCAAAAAAAAAGAAGCAAACCAAAGGAUCUAAUCCUGCUUCUAUUUUCAAGUAUUUCACAUGAUAUACAGUUCUUGUCUAUAAAGUUUAAAGUAAGUUAUUUGCAAAGCAACGCCUCAGUAAGAUGAGUUUUUAAUUUAUUUAUAAAAUCUCGUCACUACGGCCGACACGUGACACGUAAUGUGUACCGCGAAUUUGGAAUUUUGCCAUUUACACAAGUACACGUUGUUCUUUAAGAUUGUUGUUCAAUAUAAGAGGGUGAAAACCCUCCGCAAAUUGUCCUUAUAAAUCAGUGGACUGAAUUUAGAAAGCAAUUUACACUCGUCAUUGACUGACAAUUCUAGUCAUUUGAUAAAUGUUCUUUUCUUUAGUGUUUAAGAAUGUAGAGAUUUAAUGUGCAAUUAUCUGCUGGAAUUUUUUUAACAAUUCAAGCGGAAUUCUAUAAGAAAAAUGCGGGAAAACUCUGGAAUCUUGUAUAUAUUUUUAUUUUUUUUUAUUCAACAGUGUCAGUUUGUUUGUUCUUUUUCAUAAAAAAUUUAAUCAUUUUUCGCGAUAAAUACAUGAUCAUUUCACUAAUGCUAAUGUACUUCACUAUUUAAAACUACACUUUCAAACGCACUUCUUAAUUUUUUGGAAAUAAGUAAAAAGAGAUGUCACUUGUUUGUUUUUAAUUUUUGUUUUUUGUUUUUUUAUAUAUGUACAUAACUGACGUGAAUGGAUAAGAGGGAGAGGGCAAAAAUUAAUUGUAAAUAAGACGUGAUGGUUAUUUGUGAAAGUAUAAUGUAAUUUGUAAAGAAAUAGGCAAGCUUAACAAUAUCUCGAUUUUAUUAUCUAUCACGUUAUUAUCAGAAGCCUUAAUGGCAUUCUUCUUUGUGAUCGUUUCGCAAUGCUAUGUAUCGAUGGAAGAAAUGAUAAAUAAUAAAAAGAUAUAUCAGAA